AUGUCCGCCACGCCUCUUUGGUCAUGUCUUUCUCUCUCUCGGCGUUUUUCCCGCUUUAUCUUUCCACACACGACCGCCACUCUAUUUCUUAUUAUCUUUUUCGACAAAUUGCUUUCUUCCUUUUCUUCUCUUUUGUUGGUAGUGGUGGUGAUGGGCGGGAGUAUUCUCGUUCUUUGUUACAUCCUCUUUUUCCUUCUUUCUUUCUUUCUUUCUUUCUUUCUUUCUUUCUUUCUUUCUUUCUUUCUGCACUCUAAGGUAUUCUUUCUUUCUAUUUUUUUCUUUUUUCUUUCUUUCUAUUCCUUUCUUAAUCUCUCUAUUUUAACAUCCCUUCUCUCUCUCUCUCUCUCUCUCUCUCUCUCUCUCUCUCUCUCUUCAUUUUUGCUUUGUAUUCACCCUCCUUCUCACAUGGUCUAUUUUUCUUUCUUUCUAUGUUCUUUUGAAACUCUUCGUUUUAUAUCAUUUUUUUAUCAAAUUACUGUCUCUCUAUCAAGUUAUUCUCCCUCCUCUCUCUCUCUCUCUCUUCAUUUUUUUUGCUUUGUAUUCACCCUCCUUCUCCAUGGUCUAUUUUUCUUUCUUUCUAUGUUCUUUUGA